AACAAGGUCUUCAUAUUUAACCAUUAAAAGAAAUAUAUUUUUUAAAAUGUGUGAAAAAUUAAAUAAAUUAUUUAAUACAUCUGUUAAAAAUAGGAUAGCUCAUUAAUACUCUCUGGGAGUAAAAUACAAUGUUCAUUUUUAAACUUUUGAAGAAGAAACGCAUUUAUGUGAAAAAAAAAAAAAAAAAAAAAGGGAAGAAGAAACGCAUUUUGUUUCAUAAACAACCUUCGCCUAGACAAAAUUUGUUCAGCUUCCAUCUAAAAUUCAAAAUUUCCACACAAAGCGGGAAGAAGAAAAAGAGGCCCACAACUCUCACUCUAACACUAAACCCUUGCCUCGAUUCCCUAGCCCAAGCAAUUCUCUUUGUGGCAGAAACUCACUGCACCGAGAAAUGGCGGAGAAGAACAAACCACCACUUAGUCUGAACCAGCGCCACAAUCGCUUCCUUCAAGACCUCUCCGCUUCUCAAUCUCGUCCCCAUUCCAAACCCUCAUCUUCAAUCCGUCCCCUUGUAGAUUCUGAGAAAGAUAUGCAAUCCAAGUUCAAUCUGGAUAACUACGACGAUGACGACGUUCCCGGAUUUUCCGGAAUCGCUGAUUUUGAUUCUCCUUCUCCUGGUGAGAUAAAGCCGUCGAAAGUUGAGUUUGAAAACACUAAGUUACUGCCAAGGGACGAUGAUGGCGAUUUUGUGAACAGACCGAUGCUUCACGAAUCAAACUUCUCUAGUAUAGUUGCUGAUUACGAUUCUCAUCCUUCUGAACAAAGCUCAUCGGAGGUUGAAGUCGAAGGUAAAUUGCUGUCCUGUGGUCAUGGUGAUGGUGAUAGUGAAGCUUUCCUUGAUGAAAUGGCGAGUUCUGGAGAUAAGCAAUUGAAAGUCAAGAUCAAAGGUAGACGUCGCCUAUGCAAAAUUUCAUUAAAAGAUGAAAAUAUUGAUAUUAAGGGCAACAAGAAAACUGCAAAUGAUGACACACAAAAUGAUGACACACAAUUUUGUGAUUUUGAUUCACCGUCUCCGUCAAGAAAUGUUAUUGAGAGUGAUAAUGGUGAUAGGAAUGAAAUUAGGGAUAUUCUAGAUGAUUUGAAUUCUAAGUUUGACUUUCUCUCGAUUGAGAAGAAAAGAGUCCCCAAACUGGUUGAUUUGGAAGGUGAUUCGUCAUCUGUAGUUAUGAAUGGAGUUUCUCAUCAACCAAGUAAAGAAGAUUUGCCUGAAUAUGAAAGUGAUACUUCUUCAUUUUCGCUCACAUCUGAUUCCUCUUCGAGUUCGACUGAUCAGUCAAGGGUUGGAGGUGGAGUUGGAACCAGGGUGGUUGAAUGUGUGGAGGAAAAAAAUUUGCAAAUCAAGUUUGAGGGUGAAAAUUUUGUUGGUAGCCUGAGCAGAAUUAAGAACGCUGGUAAAGGACAGAAGAAGAUUGAAAUUAAAAGGGUGGGUGAGAAAUCUGUAUCCACGGCCCAACCUACUUCUAGGUUUGAAAUACAAGCAGAUGAAGAAGAUGAUGAUUGUGUAGUUUUGAGUGGCAAAAAUGAGGUUAAAGAAGUCAAGAGGCGACAUAGUAUGUUCCAAGAUAAAUUUGAUGUUUCUGAUGAGGUGAAUGUAUUGGAUGAUUAUACAGAUGAAUCAGUUUCUGGCGUUGAGAACCCCAUUAUUUUGAGAGGUCCAACAUCUUCAUACAGGUUACCUGGUAAGAUUGCAAAAAUGCUGUACCCUCAUCAACGAGAUGGGAUGAAGUGGCUCUGGUCUCUUCAUUGUCAGGGGAAGGGUGGCAUCUUGGGUGAUGAUAUGGGUCUAGGAAAAACGAUGCAGAUUUGUGGCUUUUUAGCUGGACUUUUUCACUCUCAUUUGACAAAGAGGGUACUGGUUGUUGCCCCCAAGACGCUACUACCUCAUUGGAUUAAAGAACUGUCAGCUGUGGGGCUCUCUGAGAAGACAAGAGAAUAUUUUGGAACUUGUGCAAAAGCACGGCAAUAUGAGCUCCAAUAUAUACUUCAGGACAAAGGUGUUCUUCUCACAACUUACGAUAUUGUGCGUAACAAUGCAAAAUCUUUACGUGGGGACAAUAGUUUUCAUGACAAGAGGAGUGAGGAUGAACUCACAUGGGAUUAUAUGAUACUUGAUGAGGGACAUCUCAUAAAGAAUCCUAGCACACAAAGGGCCAAAAGUUUGCUUGAGAUUCCUUGUGGUUAUCGUAUUAUUAUUAGUGGCACGCCAAUACAAAACAAUCUGAAGGAAUUGUGGGCCCUUUUCAACUUCUGUUGUCCUGAUCUACUGGGUGACAAGAACUGGUUCAAGGAAAGAUACGAGAAUCCUAUUCUUCGUGGAAAUGACAAAAAUGCUUCUGAUAGAGAAAAACGUAUUGGUUCAACUGUUGCAAAGGAGUUAAGAGAACGUAUUCAACCUUAUUUUUUGCGUCGGUUGAAAAGUGAGGUAUUUCGCGAAGACGAUUCUACAAACACUGCCAAACUUUCCAAAAAGAAUGAGGUUAUUGUAUGGCUAAGAUUGACUAGUUGCCAGCGACAACUCUAUGAAGCAUUUUUGAAAAGUGAGCUGGUUCUUUCAGCAUUUGAUGGCUCACCAUUGGCUGCACUCACGAUUUUGAAAAAGAUAUGUGAUCAUCCACUUCUCUUAACGAAAAGAGCCGCUGAAGAUGUACUUGAAGGGAUGGACUCAAUGCUAAACCAGGAAGACCAUGGUGUGGCAGAAAAAUUGGCAAUGCACAUUGCUGAUGUCACUGAAAAAUACAACUUUGAAGAAAAGCAUGAUUAUGUCUCAUGCAAGCUAUCUUUUAUACUAUCUUUAUUGGAUAACUUGAUUCCGGAGGGGCAUACUGUUCUUAUCUUUUCUCAGACACGCAAGAUGCUUAAUCUUAUUCAGGAUUCAUUGGUAUCUAAUGGUUAUCAGUUCUUACGCAUUGAUGGUACCACUAAAGCAAGUGAUAGAGUAAAAAUUGUUAAUGAUUUCCAAGAGGGGAUUGGUGCUCCUAUCUUUCUCUUGACAUCUCAAGUUGGUGGUUUGGGCCUUACACUUACAAAAGCAGACCGUGUGAUAGUGGUUGAUCCAGCAUGGAAUCCAAGUACUGAUAACCAAAGUGUUGAUCGUGCAUACCGAAUUGGGCAAACGAAGGAUGUCAUUGUGUACAGAUUGAUGACUUGUGGCACAAUUGAAGAAAAAAUAUACAGAAAGCAGAUAUUUAAGGGGGGUUUGUUUAAAAGCGCAACUGAACACAAAGAACAAACGCGGUACUUCAGUCACCAGGAUCUUCAGGAACUUUUCAGUCUCCCCAAACAGGGGUUUGACGUUUCUCCUACUCAGCGGCAGUUGCAUGAAGAGCAUGGUCACCAACACUCAAUGGAAGUAUCUCUGAAAGCCCACAUAGAGUUCCUUGAAACUCUGGGUAUAGCAGGAGUUAGCCACCACAGUUUGCUCUUCUCGAAGACAGCAACUGUCCCCGCUGUAGAGGAAGAGGAGGAACUAAAAAGGGUAAAAGCAACUACAAUUUUCAGGAACUCAACUGCAUCCUCUUCACUUGAACAUAAAGUUGACGGGGCUGAGUUCGCAUUCAAUCCCAAGGAUGUGAAAUUUUACAACAAAAAUUCUUCCCUGGACAAAGGAGUUAAACCGACUGAAUCUGACAUCAAAGAGAGAAUCAUGCGGCUAUCUCAUAUUUACGCAAAUAAGGUUACGAUGGCAAAACUACCAGACAAAGGAGAGAAAAUCCGAAGGCAAAUUGUUGAACUAAAUUUGGAGCUUGAGAAGAUUCGGACGGCAAACAGAACUGACAAUGUCAUUCAUUUGGAUGAUCUAGCUGGAGAUCUUCAGAGCAAGUUGAAGGUACAAGUGUUGGACUAGAACUGCUGUAAAAAAAUAAAGUGGGUUUGUUUCUCAGGUAAAAUGAAAUCGGUCAUGUAAAAUAUUAUCAUUGUUUUGUAUCCUGCUCUUAAAAAUCAACGUGCAGUAUUUUAUUUUGGCAUCACACAAGCUGAUGAUGAUAAAAUUACCCAAUUUACUUAUUGUCC